AUGCUAAAUAGUUGCGACAGUGCGCGUUAUAAAAUCACAGUGGGCGGUUCCGUAUUUUGAUUUAACAAUUAUUUUCAUCGGCAGAGAUAUUUCUUAAACAGUCGUUUGCUCUCUUUUCUUUAUUUGUUCAAUGUUAUAGAAUACACCGGUGUAAUCCACGAUCUCGCUAUGGAAUUACUAACAAUAUUAUUCGCCGUGGUCCCUGCAGUUUUUUCCAAAAAACCCAAUAUUGUGUUCAUUUUGGCGGAUGAUUUGGGUUGGAAUGACGUUGGUUUUCAUGGGUCUGGACAAAUUCCUACACCAAAUAUUGACGCUUUGGCUUAUUCAGGCCUCAUAUUGAACAAGUAUUACGUUUCCGCCAUCUGCACUCCUUCUAGAAGUGCCCUCAUGACUGGCAAACAUCCCAUUCACACGGGAAUGCAGCACACGGUACUCUACGGUGCUGAGCCCAGAGGUCUACCGCUAAACCAGAAGUUACUGCCCCAGUACCUCGGUGACCUUGGUUAUGCAAAUCACAUAGUUGGAAAGUGGCACUUGGGUUGCUACAAGAAGAAAUAUACGCCAACCUUCAGAGGCUUCCAAAGUCAUACAGGUUACUGGACAGGCCAUCAAGAUUAUAACGAUCAUACCGCUAUGGAGGGUGGUUAUUGGGGCCUUGACAUGAGACGUGGAAUGCAACCAGCAUGGGAUUUACAUGGACAGUAUUCAACAGAUAUCUUCACCAGAGAAGCUGUUUCCAUCAUCAAUGUUCACAACACUACGCAGCCUUUGUUUCUCUACAUUGCACACGCUGCGGUACAUUCAGGGAAUCCUUACAAUCCACUUCCUGCGCCUGACGAAAGAGUAGCUCGAUUCGAUUACAUAAAUAAUUAUCACAGAAGAAGAUUUGCAGCGAUGCUGAGCAAGCUUGAUGAUUCUGUAGGCGCUGUGGUUGAAGCGCUUCGUCAACGAGGCAUGUUGCACAAUAGUAUCAUAGUUUUCUCGACUGAUAACGGUGGUCCAGCGGCGGGCUUCAAUCUAAACGCAGCGUCGAACUGGCCAUUGAGAGGAGUGAAGAACACACUCUGGGAAGGUGGUGUACGAGGGACGGGUCUUCUGUGGUCUCCAUUACUAGAACGUCCCGGGCGAGUCUCAAACCAGCUUUUCCACAUAACUGACUGGUUACCGACGUUGUUAGCAGCCUCAGGUGGAGAUCUAUCACAGCUGAGUAUUGACGGAAUGAAUCUAUGGCCGGCCUUAAGGACUGGAUCCACGUCACCACGAACAGAGAUCCUCCACAACAUUGACGACGAGUAUGGAAAUUCAGCUAUCACAAUCGGUGAUUGGAAGCUUCUUCAAGGAACUACUUACAAUGGCGCCUGGGAUGAUUGGUAUGGACCUUCAGGUAGAGAGGAUGCUUAUAAUAUUGAUGUGGUCAUUGCAAGUAGAGCUGGUCAAGCUGUCGCAAGUGUGGGUCUUGUUAUAAUUGUACAAAGAGCUCGCGACAUUCGUGAAAAAGCGUCUGUGAGAUGUACUCCUAGGAACGUCACCUUGCCAGCCUGCAAACCACUUCAAGCUCCAUGCCUCUUCCGGAUUCAUGAAGAUCCGUGUGAAAAAAAUAACCUUGCUCGUGUGUAUCCAGACAUGGUCGCAACUCUACAAAGCCAGAUAAAGAAAUGGAACGCAACAGCGGUGACACCAGCAAAUCUUCCAUGGGAUCCGCGCGGUGAUCCAAUAUUUUGGGACCACACUUGGAACAAUUUCGGUGACUAUAGUGGCGCAACCACCAUUUUUGGCUAAUAUGUUUUUUAUAAGUGACGUGCUUCUUUUUCAUAAAAGUUUGAUACAUCAUUCAAACUGACGUGACAUUUCACGGAUAACUAUUCAAAUAAUUAGCUAAUUCAUAAUUUAUCCUUAAUGCCUUUCUCUUUCUAUGCUGGUUUGGUACGGCUA